UUAAUUUUGUAAAAGAAAACUACAACAUCCAGGAGCUCUGUCAGAGCUGUGGAGGAAGAUCUGUUGUUCUCAACAUCAAGGACAAACAGCAGAUCCCUGCGCUGUUGAGAACUGUGGAAAAGAUGACAGUUGGAGGAUCCAGAUCAUUCACAAAGGACAUGUUCGCCAAGGCUCAGAUGGAAAAAGUCAUAGAGAAGGAAAUCGUUAAUUCAAGACUUAGAGCUGAAUUGCUGGAUGUUAAAAAGAAAAGUGAAACAGGAAUAGAUGAUGGCAGUAAGAGCAAAGAAUGUCUCAGGAUGGUGCUGAUUGGGAAGACUGGCAGUGGGAAGAGUGCAACUGGAAACACCAUUCUGCGCAAAGAACAUUUUAAAUCUAAAGCCAGCCAGAAAUCUGUGACCAAGUUUUGCCAGAAAGCAUCAGGAGAGAUUGAUGGACGAUCUGUUGUUGUGGUCGACACCCCCGGCUUAUUCGACACAACUCUGUCCAAUGAUGACGUAGAACAGGAGCUUGUGAAAUGUAUCAGCAUGUUGUCUCCUGGACCUCAUGUGAUCUUACUGGUGCUGCAGAUCGGACGAUUCACACAGGAGGAAAAAGACUCGGUGGAACUGAUCAAGAAAUAUUUUGGCAAGAACUCCCAACAUUUCAUCAUUGUUACAUUCACUAGAAAGGAUGAACUAAACAACCAAACAUUUGAGAGUUACCUAGAAGAGGACUGUGAUGAUUUCGUCAAAAAACUUAUACAUGAAUGUGGAGAGAGACACCAUGUCUUCAAUAAUAAGGACCAAGCGAAUCGUACCCAGGUCAGUGAACUGCUGACAAAGAUUGAGGCCAUGGUGAAGGAAAAUGGUGGCGGCUGCUACACAAAUGAAAUGUUCCAGGAGGCUGAGGCAGCAAUAAAACAGGAAGUAGAAAGGAUCCUGAAGGAGAAGGAAGAAGAGAUGCAAAGGCAGAAGCAAGAGCUUGAACGAAGACAUGAACAAAAAAUAGAAGCAAUGAAAAGAAGAAUGGAAGAACAGAGAGCCGAAAUGGAACAGGAGAGAAAACUUAGAGCCAGACAACUCAAAGAAAUGGAGGAAAACAUUAAUAAGGAGCGUCAACAGAGAAAAAAAGAACAGGAAAAAAGAGAAGAGGAGGACAACAAAAGGAGAAAACAGGAAGAGAUUCAGCAACAAGACUGGGAAAGAAAACUAGGAGCUAUGGAGAAAAAAAUCAGGUCAGAAUCAGAGGAAAAGGAAACAACCGAUAGAGAGUUGGAACAGAGCAGAGAAGAGAUGAGAAAACAACGAGAGAACUGGGAAAAGGAAAGAAAAGAGUGGUGGGAGAAACGACAUCGAGAAGAUGAACAGAGACGACUGGAAGAACAAGAAAGACUGAAAAAGCUCCAAGAAGAAUAUGAACAGGAAAGAGAAAGAUAUGAAAUCAAAAGAAAAGAGGAAGAUCGACUCAGACGAGAACAGGAGGAGAAGGAGAGAAAAGAAUUAGAAGAAAACUACAAGAAAAAACUGGAAGAAAUGAAGAAGAAAUAUGAAGAGGAGGCCAGAAAACAAGCUGAAGAAUUCAAUGAGUUCAGACAGAAAUACACCAAAGACUUUACAGCGUUGGUAGAAAAACACAUGGAGGAAAUAAAGGACGUGAAGCAAAGACACAGCAAAGAGUAUGAACUGUUGGACAGUCUUUCAAGCCACAAAGAAAAACACCUCAAAGGAGAAAUCGAUGAUUUGAAGAAAAAGCAUGAGCAAGAAAUAAAAGAACUGAAAGAAAAAUACCAGAGCAAAUGUAUCAUCCUCUGAUUGAACACGUCAUCAUCAUCGAACAUCAUCGCCAUCAGUGUGUAAACCUUCAUCAUUAGCAGUUAAUUAGUCAACAUACUUAUCACAGACCAAUCACAGCAUGAAUGUCAGUUUUUCAUUUUUGGAAAGUUAGAUUUUGUAUAUAUUCUAUAUUCUGAUGAGGAGUCAGGGGAGGAGUUUCCACAUUGUGACAAGCAGUUUAAUGUUUUUACGGACUCCUUUAGCGCUCUCAGGUCUUUGAGACUGUACAGUUCAGCUUUCUGGGUCAUGAGCAAUGACAGAAGUGUGAUGCAGUUUAAGUGUUUAUUUAGAUUGUGAAUCACUGACAUUGUACCAGCUCAUGGUUUUAAAAUCCUCCCAGAAGAAUAUCUAAUAUCCUUACAGACCCUAAACUCAACAUUUCCCGGUUGUAUUUAGAUGAGAAUUAAAUAAAUUAGUAAAUGGCUAGACAAACAAAACGUAGUAAAUCUGAGGGUCUGAGUUUUCUAUUUGCUUUUUUCUAUAAUAAUUGAUUUUACAAGCAUUUGAAUAUUUCUCUAUGUACAUGUUUUUGUAUUACAUUCGGGUUUAGUUCUGUGGGCAAUUUUGUGUUUCAGUGUGUGUAGAUUCAAAUAUAUCCAGAAUUUGGUGAUAUUAAUAUUUGUCAUCUUGAAUUCAUUCAUUUUCAGGUUUUACUGCUUCUUUAUAUUUCGUUUUUGUGUUUUUGAUUUUCUUAAUGCGCAGUCUGUUAUAUUUUUCACCUGUUUCUGAAAAUAAACUAAUCCACUAGAC